GAUAACGAAGAUAAAAUUAUUAUUUUAAGUCUUUCGAAAAAGUAAAUUUUUCUAUUCGUUUUCGGUUUAUAUUCGUUGAAUACUUAUUCGUUAAAUGUAGUUAGUUUAGUUCUCAGAGCACCAAAAAUAAAUUUAAACGGAUAUUCGUUUCGAGGGAUACUUUGGCCGACAAAUGGUCCCUUUGGUGUACGGUUUUUACGUAAGCAAUGGAUCAAAUCUCGUUCCAUAACCAAGGUACUUCGGUCAAUGCGAAAGUUGUCGAGGGGAAUUUGAAUGCCACCACCACCAUAAAUAUUAGUGCUCCCGAGCCCGAUCCGAUUCCGAACGGCAUAAACUUUGGUGUUGUCAAACCAGAAACAAAUUUCACUGGACGACACCUAGAAUUAGAUCAACUGAAUGCGGAAACUGUUGUGGUGUGCGGCAUGGGUGGCAUUGGUAAAACGCAAUUGAUAAGGAAAUUCAUUGCGGAAAAUCGGUCGCGAUACGGAAAUGUGAUUUGGAUCGAUGGGAGCAAGGUGAAAGAAUCGUUCAAAGAUUUAUCCGAAAAGACGUUGCGUUUGCCGAAAACUGGUGUAAACGACUAUGAACUCAUCGUGGAGCAAGUUGUCAACAGACUCUGCCACAUGGCGAAGACUCUUUUCAUCUACGAUAACGUUUGUUCGUACAAAAGUAUAAAGUCACUGUUGGCUGUAGCACCACCAAAAACUGAAAACUUACACAUUCUGAUAACAUCACGCAAUCAACGUUGGCCUCCAGGAAUUGAUGUUAUUCCUCUGAAGGGAUGGAACCACAUCGAGUCAAUCGAAUUCGCUGGUGCAAUGUUGAAGGAGAAAUUUGCCAAUGACGACUGGACUAGCGAAGCAAUUCAACUACUGGUAAAGACAUUUCAAUAUUUUCCACUUGCGUUACGACAAGCAACUACUGUGAUAAGCGAAAAUCGAAAAAGAGACAAUAGGUACACAAUUACCCGGUUCAUCAAUGACUACAAUCGUCAGACAAUCGACCUGUUAAGUUCGACAGUUUUCGACGAAUUUUCUAUCGGUUCGUACGGCAAAACUACGUUCACCACGUGGGACAGUAGUAUCGAUACAAUCGGAGAAGACCCGGACGAUGGAAAGUUAGCGCUUAGAAUUUUUAGGAUUUCUGCCUACCUCGGCGUCGACAGCAUCGAAAUGAAUAUCUUUUUUCAGCUUUCUCGCAACGCCGAAACUUCGCCCAUCAGUGAUGAAUUCGAAAAGUACGUUCGCUCGGCUGUCGAGCUUCUUGUGAAGCACAGCAUGGUCGAUGGUGUGGAAGGGGAAAUGUUCCGCAUGAACUCCUUAGUGCAACUAGUGACGAAAUUGAAGUUGAAAGCAUUGAACGACGAUCAGACGAUUCUUAUGGAUGCUCUUCAACUGAUGGAAAAUUUAAUGGCAACGAAAAAAGCAUUUCAGUGCCACUCUCACUACAUUUCUGUUCUCUCGAAUGCAUCGAAGCUACCCAAUUUUAUUGAAUUAUUGGCGCGCGUUCCUAUCAAUCAUUUGAAGGAACUAACGAAUUGUUGCUAUUCAGACAAACUAAAAGAAUUCGGAUGCAUGCUCGUGGAUGCUUUGGGUAAAAUUUUGGAAGAGCAUGACAGAGAUCUACUCCGAAUACACUACAAUGUUGCGUACGCUUACAUGAUGACAAAGGCAUACGACGAGGCUCUGUCGAUGUAUCUUGGAAUUUACAGCAGACAAAAAAGUCGAUUCAGCGAUUUAGACGCAGACACUCGCGAUACACAACUUCGUAUUGCUCAUACAUACAAAAUACUACAAAAUUUAAGUGCAGCUAGCGAGUGGUACGAAAGAACGUUGAAAUCACAAAAUCAGUUCCUCGGUCAUUGUAAUGGACAUACACUGGAAAUUAUGUUUGAAUUAGCUUCUGUCUACAUCGAUUCACGCAAACACACCGAGGCCUUCCAAACGUUCGAAAGAAUUUAUGAAACGGAAAAAAUUAUUUACGGAAGUAACGCUGUGUGCACAAUCGAGUGCGAACAUAAAUCUGCGAUAGCAACGGAAUUGAGUAGACUGGGAAGGCACUCGGAGGCACUGCGAUUAUUUGAAGAUGUUCACGAUAAGCGAAACCGUAAAUACGGAGAAGAUGAUUGGCGCACUCGAUCAACGAAAUACGAAAUCGCAUUCGAAUACGGGAAACUUGGUAGAAUAUGGAAAGGACUUCGACUGCUCCACGACAUUUAUGUGUGGGAAAGUAUAAAAUGAGGACUCAUCGACACAUCCAACGUUAAAUAAAAUGUAGUCGCAUAGCAAACUGUUAAAAUUUUGGAAUAGGACUUAAACGUGAGCUUAGGGGUCAUUCAAAUAGUACACACGUUGUCAUGAGGGAAAGGGGUUAAGACUAGAGCGAACUUCAAACAUUUUUAACAUUUUUCACCUCGUGCGUGCGUAAGUGAGUGGGUCUAAAAAUCGUCUUUUUUUUAGCGUGCGCACUACUUGAAUGGUUCCUUAUGAUGUGCGUUCUUGGUUGCCAACACUGGCCGCCAUCUUUAUGUUAAUAAAAGGCCGAUUCACUUG